AUGUGGGCUGGAGGAGAGGGCCACUCCAAGGGCAAGCUCCCCCCUCACUGGGUUAGAGUCGGAGCAGAGAGUCUUCCAUCGGACCGCUAUGCCACGGCUCGGCACGCUUCGCCAUCCAUCACACUUAGAGACAGACGCAUGGGUGCAGGUGUCGCACUGGUAAUGAUCUGGAAGAGCGAGGAGCCAGCAAUGACGGCUUCAGGGCCAUGUGUCUGCGAAGGAGUGCGGCCAAGGACUGACCACUGCACCCGCUGGACCCGGCGGGCAGCACAGAGCGUUCAGACAGGACACAUGGCCACGCAAGGGGAAGAUAUCAGUUAG